UCUUGUUUUGUUUUUACUUUUUUGGCCAUAUUCAGCAGUGCUUAGAGCUCCUGACUGUGCUGAGGAAUCUCUCCUGGCUUGACAGUAUAAGGUUCUGGGGAUCAAACGUGGUUGGCUACUUUCAAGGUAACAUGCAUUUAACUGUGGCCUUUUGGAGACAACGCCUUAACCGAAACAAGUGACUCCAACGGUGAGAACUUCAGGUUUGCUGUCCUUUUGGUGGUAUGUCUGACAGUGGAUCACAACUUGGUUCAUUGGGUAGCCUGACCAUGAAAUCACAACUUCAAAUCAUUGUUAUUUCAGCAAAACUUAAAGAAAAUAAAAAGAAUUGGUUUGGACCAAGUCCUUAUGUGGAAGUCACAGUUGAUGGACAGUCAAAGAAGACAGAAAAGUGCAACAAUACGAACAGUCCCAAAUGGAAACAACCUCUUACAGUCAUUGUCACCCCUGUGAGUAAAUUACAUUUUCGUGUAUGGAGCCAUCAGACACUGAAAUCUGAUGUUUUAUUGGGAACCGCUGCAUUAGAUAUCUAUGACACAUUAAAGUCAAACAAUAUGAAAUUCGAGGACGUUGUUGUGACUUUGCAACUUGUAGGUGACAAAGAGCCAACAGAAAUUAUAGGAGACUUAUCAAUUUGUCUUGAUGGAAUGCAACUAGAGUCUGAAGUUGUUACCAAUGGUGAAACUGCUUGUUCAGAAAAUUUUAUUGAUAUUAAAGGUGCUCCACAGAAUGAUGAUGGUUCCAGAUCCAAAGAUGAAGCCAGAGUGAACAGUGGAUCAGAUGACCCUGAAGAUGCAGGAUCUGGUGGUGAUAGAAGGGUCAGUGAGAAUAAUUCUCCAUCACUUUCAAAUGGCAAUUUUAAGCCUUCUAGGCCUCCAAGACCUUCACGACCACCUCCUCCUACCCCACGUAGACCAGCUUCUGUCAAUGGUUCACCAUCUGCCACUUCAGAAAGUGAUGGAUCUAGUACUGGAUCUCUGCCACCAACAAACACAACUUCAAAUACAUCUGAAGGAGCAACAUCUGGAUUAAUAAUUCCUCUUACUAUAUCUGGAGGCUCAGGCCCUAGGCCACUUAAUACUGUUACUCAAGCUCCUCUCCCACCUGGGUGGGAGCAAAGAGUGGAUCAGAGUGGACGAGUUUACUAUGUUGAUCAUAUUGAAAAAAGAACCACGUGGGAUAGACCAGAACCUCUACCUCCUGGCUGGGAACGACGGGUUGAUAGCAUGGGGCGUAUUUAUUAUGUUGAUCAUUUCACAAGAACAACAACUUGGCAGAGGCCAACAUUGGAAUCUGUUCGUAACUAUGAACAGUGGCAGCUCCAACGGAGUCAACUUCAAGGAGCAAUGCAACAGUUUAACCAGCGGUUUAUUUAUGGGAAUCAAGAUUUAUUUGCUACAUCACAAAAUAAAGAAUUUGAUCCCCUUGGUCCCUUGCCACCUGGGUGGGAGAAAAGAACAGACAACAAUGGUAGAGUGUAUUUUGUCAACCACAAUACUCGUAUAACCCAAUGGGAAGACCCCAGAAGUCAAGGUCAAUUAAAUGAAAAACCUUUACCUGAAGGCUGGGAAAUGAGAUUCACUGUGGAUGGAAUUCCUUAUUUUGUGGAUCACAAUAGAAGAACUACAACCUACAUAGAUCCCCGCACCGGAAAAUCUGCACUAGACAAUGGACCCCAGAUAGCCUAUGUACGGGACUUCAAGGCUAAAGUGCAAUAUUUUCGUUUCUGGUGUCAGCAACUGGCCAUGCCACAGCACACAAAGAUUACAGUGACAAGAAAAACAUUAUUUGAGGAUUCCUUUCAACAGAUAAUGAGCUUCAGUCCCCAAGAUCUACGAAGACGUUUGUGGGUGAUUUUUCCAGGAGAAGAAGGUUUAGAUUAUGGAGGUGUAGCAAGAGAAUGGUUCUUUCUUUUGUCUCAUGAAGUGUUGAAUCCAAUGUAUUGCUUGUUUGAAUAUGCGGGAAAGGAUAACUACUGCUUGCAGAUAAACCCUGCUUCUUAUAUCAAUCCAGAUCAUCUGAAAUAUUUUCGAUUUAUUGGCAGGUUUAUUGCCAUGGCUCUGUUCCAUGGGAAGUUCAUAGACACGGGUUUUUCUUUGCCAUUCUAUAAGCGUAUCUUGAACAAACCAGUUGGGCUCAAGGAUUUAGAAUCUAUUGAUCCAGAAUUUUAUAAUUCUCUCAUCUGGGUGAAAGAAAAUAAUAUUGAGGAAUGUGGUUUGGAAAUGUACUUCUCUGUCGACAAAGAAAUAUUAGGUGAAAUCAAGAGCCAUGAUUUGAAACCCAAUGGCGGCAAUAUUCUUGUAACAGAAGAAAAUAAAGAGGAAUAUAUCAGAAUGGUAGCUGAAUGGAGGUUGUCUCGAGGUGUUGAAGAACAGACACAAGCUUUCUUUGAGGGUUUUAAUGAAAUUCUUCCCCAGCAGUAUUUGCAGUACUUUGAUGCAAAGGAACUAGAGGUCCUUUUAUGUGGAAUGCAAGAGAUUGAUUUGAAUGACUGGCAAAGACAUGCUAUCUACCGUCAUUACGCUAGGACAAGCAAACAAAUAAUGUGGUUUUGGCAGUUCGUUAAAGAAAUUGAUAAUGAGAAGAGAAUGAGACUUCUGCAAUUUGUUACUGGAACUUGCCGAUUGCCAGUUGGAGGAUUUGCUGACCUCAUGGGGAGUAAUGGACCACAGAAAUUCUGCAUUGAAAAAGUUGGGAAAGAAAAUUGGUUACCCCGAAGUCAUACCUGUUUUAACCGCCUGGACCUGCCACCGUAUAAGAGCUAUGAGCAACUGAAGGAAAAGCUGUUAUUUGCCAUUGAGGAAACAGAAGGAUUUGGACAAGAAUAACUUCUGAGAACUUAUACCACUAGAGGACAAGAACUUAAUUGGAAUAUUUGGAAUAUUUGUUCUUUUCCUUCUCUGCCUGUUGCACAUCUUGUUGUAAAAUUGGACUGUGACUGUAAAAUUGGACUGAGUGUAAGUAAAUUAAUGUUACCAUUGAGAUUUAUCUCCCAAUGAAUGAUUCUGGAUUGCUCCUUUUCAGAAAUCAGAUAUGCAAACAACUAGUAAAAACCUUACUUAAUAUGAAAUUUAACACAACAGUGAAUUCCAUAUUGUCUUAUACCACUAGAUUGUUUCCUUAAGAGUUUUGUAUACAUGUGUCAUAAAUCUCACUUGGGAAUAGGUUUUUCCUUUGAGACUGCAUAUGUGCAGUGAAGUCCUUUGGGAACUGCAACAUUGAACAACAUCUUUCUGUUAGCCUCUUCUCAGGAGGUAUUUGUUAAAAGUGCAAGUUUAGCCCAGCUGAGACAUGAGCAGACCUCUGGCUUGUGCUCUCCCUCUCAUUUCAGCCUGGCCUGACUGUUGUCUUCCCUUUCCAGAGCAUGAAUUCAUGCAUCAUUUUGAUGCUAUUCCUGGAAAUUGAUGCAAGACCUAUGCAUCUCUCUAUAAAGUAGUUUUAUUCAUUUGAAUUCAGGGAGAAGGAUCCCAGUCUACAAAUGACUUUAGAACUUCUUCAUUUGAAUAUUUGAUUGUUUUAAUUGCCUUGCAGAUACUAAACUUUACAAAUGA